AUGUCUGAAUCAAAUGCAGUCACCAUUCGGCCGCGAGAGCCUUCCGAUCUCCCCGCGCUCAUCCGAAUCCUCACCGACGUCCAUAUUCUGACCAAAUAUCCCGUAGACGGCCCUUCAACCUUUUCGGCCAAACUAGAAAAUCCCAAUGCAUUAAGCUCCAUCGUUGCAUUAUGCGAUGGAAAUCUCGCCGGCCACGCGCAGCUUCAAUCUGCAUCGGUCCUCAACUCUGCGGUCAUAGAGUCGUUAAUAUCCCACGCUCCAAUCACCUCAUUCGCUACACUCGUCUCCCUGUUCGUGGACCCGAGGCUUCAAGGCAAAGGCAUUGGGGCGAGACUGGUUGAAGAAGUGGUAGCAUGGGGAAAUAAAGAGGGAAAGAGGUUGGUGCUUGUUGUUCUGGAGAAGGAUGUGGCUGCUAUCAGAAUGUAUGAGCGAAUGGGGUGGGAGCGAGGGGUUGAAUAUUUCUAUGAGAGUAUUCAGGGAGUGGAUUACAGAGCCUUUUCGUAUUUGGCGCCGGUGUGA